AUGGUGAAGAGCUGGCUGAGAAAACCAAAAGGAAAAGAAUCAGGGACACUCCUGAAGCUAUUGGUCUUGAACCUCUUCCUGCGGGAGAAUGUAGCCUCUGUUCCUAUGCAUGCCAGGUUGGCUGGCCAUGGUAAGAUGUCUGUAAAGGACCUUCUUGAUCGUGCCAUAACACUGUCUCAAAAUAUCAGAGAGCUCACUGCAGAAAUGCACAGGAUAUUUCUAGAGGAUGUGCAAUAUACACCAGGCCGGUGGUUCCCUAAAAGAGACCUUACUGGCUGCCACACAUCUGCCUUUGCUAUAUUGAUACCUAAGGAAGGAGCCCCACAGAUUCGGGGUAUAUUUCUUCUGAAAGAGACGAUCGGUAUGUUGGGAUCUUGGAAAAAUCCUCUGCAUUACAUAGCAAAUGAACUAAGUCGUAUGGAAGAAGCCCCUAAUGAUAUCAUAUCAAGAGCCCAAAACAUUGAAGCAAAAAUCAAAGAACUUACAGAGGCCCUUAAGAGGAUAGUGAGCAAGAUUCAUCCUGGAUUCCAAGAAAUUUAUGUGUACCCAUACUGGAAUGGACUGGCAUCCUUGCAGUCACCUGAUGAAGACACUCGCUUUUUUGCUUUGUAUAACUUAUUCCAGUGCCUGACCAAGGAUUCACGUAAGGUUGACUCUAAUCUUAGGCUCCUGACAUGCCUACUUAUCUAUAAAACAGAUUGUUAA